GAUGUUUGAUCGUGCCUAGAAACUGCUUGAUAAAAUGCUAUCAACAAUUCAACCCCCGCGUUAUCUAUCUCGCUUCCCACUCCACCGUCGCGCCAGGUGCCGCUCCCUCCACAUCCUCUCCUCCGCCGAGCCCGUCAUCAAGACCUCCCUCACAGACCAAUCACAGAUCCUCUCCAAUCGCGAUUUGCUUCUCUCCCGCCAACUCAGCUCCGUCGAACUGACCCAUUCUUACCUGGACCGUCUCAAGCAAACGGAGCCCCAUAUUAACUGUUUCCUUCACGUAUCCGACCCGGACAAGGUCCUGAAACAAGCUCAGGAAACUGACGACAAGAUAAAGAGGAAUGAAGAAGUGGGUCCCCUUGCAGGUGUCCUCGUGGCUAUAAAAGACAACAUUUGUACGGCUGAUAUGCCUUCCACCGGUGGCUCCCACAUCCUGGAAGGGUACCGUCCUCCGUUCGAUGCCACGGCCGUGAAGAGGUUGAAGAACUUGGGUGCCAUUGUUGUUGGAAAGACCAACUUAGACGAGUUCGGUAUGGGGAGUACGACUGAAGCUUCUGCUUUUAAGGUGACAGCAAAUCCAUGGGACCUUUCCCGGGUGCCAGGGGGAUCUUCAGGUGGCUCGGCUGCAUCUGUAUCAGCUAGGCAAUGUGUUGUAUCACUUGGGAGUGACACUGGUGGAAGUGUGAGGCAGCCAGCAUCAUUUUGCGGCGUAGUUGGUUUGAAGCCAACUUAUGGACGUGUUUCGAGAUUUGGGCUUAUGGCAUAUGCAUCAUCCCUUGAUGUUAUCGGAUGUUUUGGUUCGUCUGUUGCUGACACCGGGAUUCUUCUUCAUGCUAUUUCUGGCCAUGAUUCACUUGAUGCGACUAGCAGUAAACGAGAGGUUCCUGAUUUCACUUCUCAAUUCACUUCUGCAAGCUCUUUGGAUUCCAGGCCAUUGGAGGGGUUAAGGGUUGGUAUUAUCCGUGAAACGGUUGAUGCUGGUGUUGAUUUUGGAGUUAAAUCCGCAAUACAGGGUGCUGCAGCUCAUCUGGAACAAUUAGGAUGCAUUUUGAAAGAGGUUUCUUUGCCAUCUUUCUCUCUUGGUUUACCGGCUUAUUAUAUUCUUGCAUCAUCAGAAUCAUCUUCCAACUUGUCGAGAUAUGAUGGUGUCAGAUAUGGGAAUCAAACUUCUUCAGAGGAGUUAAAUGCACUUUAUAAAGAGUCAAGGGCUAAAGGAUUUGGGUCAGAGGUCAAAAUGAGAAUAUUAAUGGGAACAUAUGCUCUUUCUGCUGGAUAUUAUGAUGCAUAUUACAAGCGAGCUCAACAGGUAAGGACCAUAAUUCGGAAAAGCUUCAAGGCUGCAUUGGAUGAAAAUGACAUCCUGAUUUCACCUGCAGCUCCAUCCGCUGCAUAUAAGAUUGGUGAGAAGAAGAAUGACCCUUUGGCUAUGUAUGCCGGAGACAUUAUGACGGUCAAUGUUAACUUGGCAGGCUUACCUGCAUUGGUUUUGCCAUGUGGAUUUGUUGAAGGGGGAGCUGCUGGCCUUCCCGUUGGCCUUCAAAUGAUUGGUGCGGCAUUUGAUGAGGAAAAGUUGGUGAGAGUAGGUCACAUCUUUGAGCAGACUCUUCAAGGUUACAAUUUUGUUCCUCCACUCAUUUCAAAUGGCGCUUUCGCCUGAACUUUGAUGAUCCAUCACUUUAUGGCGUGUCAAUGGUCAGUGCUUUAGAGACACCUGAAUGAUUUGUCUAUAUUUAUCCGCAGCAGCAGCAUAUAAGUGCAAUUUUGUUCCUAAAAAAUAUUGGUAAGUUGGCACCCAUAUUUGUCAUUAUCUCCAAAUAUUUAAGUGUGUUUAUCGUAUAACAUGAAGUUUUGGGUGCCCGUUUUCAUUAAAGUAGGUGAUGGCCUGGAAACUACUGCCGGUUAUUCAUUUAAAUUACGUACUGUU